UUUUCUCUCUUAUUUUCUCUCUUCUUUACCUUCUUAAUUAGAACAUGGAAUUGCAGCAACCCAUGUUGGAUUUGGAGCAACUGAUCAUGACGAGAGAGGCUGUUAGUGCUCAAAAGCAGAACCAAAAUCACAGCAAAUCAGCAAGUCCCAAGAGCACUAGAAAUGAAUCCUCAGGGACACCGGAAAUGGGUGUGCCAUGGAACUACUCCGCUGAGCAAAAAAUAUAUUGGCUGCGCUCUCAAAUCAUUGGUGGCGACGCAGAAAUCGAUACUCCUCUCGGGAAAAGAAGGCUCACCUAUGCCGAUCACACCGCCUCCGGUCGCCCUCUUCGAUAUAUCGAAAAUAUGAUCAUCGACAAUGUUCUUCCCUUUUAUGGGAACACUCACACUAGUGACAGUUACGUGGGGCACCGGAACACAAAAUUGGUGCAUGAAGCAUCCAAGUACGUGAAGAAAUGCUUGGGAGGUGGAGAAGAUGAAGUGAUCCUGUUCUGCGGCUCGGGGUCGACCGGAGCUAUUAAAAAGCUUCAAGAAAUAAUGGGCGUGGCCGUGACACCAAUUUUGAGGGAGAGGGCAAUAAAAUGGCUGAGCAAGGAAGAAAGGUGGCUGGUUUUUGUUGGGCCUUACGAGCACCACUCAAACCUUCUUUCAUGGCGGAAUAGCUUGGUUGAAUUAGUAGAGAUUCGUGUGGAUGGCAAUGGUUUGAUAGACACAGAGGCUCUACGGCUACUCGUUGAAUCAUAUAAAUAUAAACAUCCGGACCGCCCUAUUUUGGGUUCCUUUUCGGCUUGUAGCAACGUCACUGGAAUUUAUACGGAUACACGAGCAAUUGCUACAGUUUUUCACCAAUAUGGAGGUUUUGCAUGCUUUGAUUUUGCAGCAAGCGGUCCUUACGUGGAGAUUGACAUGAGGCCCGGGGAGAUGGAUGGCUAUGAUGCCAUCUUCCUUAGCCCACAUAAGUUUCUUGGUGGCCCCGGAUCGCCCGGCCUUCUGCUGAUGAGCAAUGCCCUCUAUCUGCUAAAAUCACUUCCACCGUCAAGUUGUGCAGGUGGAACCGUUAAUUAUGUCAAUGGCUUAAAUGAAAAGCACACAGUAUAUAAAGAGGAAAUUGAAGAAAGGGAAAAUGGUGGGACUCCUCAAAUAAUCCAGACAAUUAGAGCAGCAUUGGCCUUCUGGGUGAAGGAAUACAUCGGUUACCAAGUGAUUGAAAAACAGGAGCAAGCCUACAUACAGAGAGCACUCCAGAGGCUUCUCCCAAAUCAGAACAUUUGGAUUUUAGGAAAUACAAGCACCAAGCGACAAGCUAUCAUGUCUUUCCUCAUUUACAGUACUUCGAAUUCCUCCUUGGCUCGCCUCAAAGAUAAUAGCAGAGAGACUGGGAACAAGAGAGACAAGCCUCUUCAUGGACCAUUUGUUGCAUCACUCUUGAAUGACCUGUUUGGCAUCCAGGCUCGAGGUGGGUGCGCCUGUGCUGGACCCUAUGGUCACGUCCUGCUCAAUGUCGAUGAAACCUAUUUACUUGCCUUCAGAGAUGCUGUUGCAAGGGGCUAUGUUGGAACAAAACCCGGAUGGACAAGGAUCAGCUUUCCCUACUACAUGUCCGAGGACGAGUUUGAGUAUAUUUUAGCUGCUCUGGAAUUUUUGGCUAUUUAUGGGCAACGGUUCCUUCCUUUGUACCGCUACAAUUUUGGAACAGGAAGCUGGAGUUUUAGGAAGAGCGCACUUAAGGAGCUACUCAGGAACAGGAAGGGAAACAAUUGCAACGUUCACGUCUUACCGUUGGCCAACUCCAUGCAUGCAGUGAGCUUAGAAGAUGACAAUUCUAAAGCGUCCGGCGAAGCAGGGGAUGAACAGAGAAAGAAGAUGAGUAUAUACAGAGCUUAUUUAGAAGCGGCAAAGUACAUUGCCAGCUUGCUUCCCAAGUUCCCUUCUCAGCGUAGACUUCCGAAGCAGAUAGAUCCCGACCUCUUCCAAUUCAGAAUCUAGUUAAUUCCAAUUUUUUUAAUUUU